AUGAUAUCUGACUUUGCUAAUUCCUUGUAUUUUGUUUGCAUUUUUUCAGAGGACAAACCCCAGCAAUACCAGCCAGUACAGCUCAUUCCAUACCCACCUACAUCAAGUAGAGAGCCAGUGAUAUUCCUUCAACCAAUCACAGACCAGGAUCAGCCUAUAACCACACCUACAGAUGUUAAGUUAACGCCCACUCAUGAUUUAUCCAGUCAGGCAUCAUUUACAACAAUGCUUACAUCAUUUGAUUUUGGCACUUCUCCAACUGUCAUGACAAGUGAUAUUGUUCAAGAUACGCCCACAUCUCAGAACAACCAAUCAAAAUCCGGUUCAUUUACGCAAACCUUGCCUAAGGCUGUUCCGUCUCCAUUUGGAAGCCCAUCCACUUUUGGACCGACGCCAAUACCAUUGAGUGGCAAUGAAAGAAUUGUUAUUCCUUCUUGUGCAGAUGAACAGUUCUUACCAUUUACGAAAGAAAAUUAUGGCAAGGAAAAGGACAAAUGGGUUUUAAAAAGACAUAUAUGUCAGUAUUGUGGUAAAAGGUGUAUGAAACCGUCUGAUUUGACCAGACAUGUAAGAAUUCAUACUGGUGAAUAUCCUUUCGAGUGUCCUUCUUGUAAGAAAAGAUUUAGAGAGAAGUUUAACUUAAACGCACAUUUCAAGAAAGGUAGUUGUACUCCUUAA